AUGCUUAGAAGCAGUGCAAUCAUUCUCGUACUUUAUGUUAUUUAUUUAACAUAUGCUUAUGAAAGUCCAAUCGAAGAAAAAGAUUUUAAAAAGUUAUUAAAACAAAAUAAGAAUAUUCUAGUACUUUGGGCAUCAAAUGAUCAAAGUGCAAAACCAACUCUUCAAGUGUUUAAACAGGUUGAGCCAGAAAUAAAAGGUCGAGGUUUACUUGCUUAUGUCAAUUGCGAAAAAGGAAAAAAACUUUGUAAAAAAUAUAAAAUCAAUUCAAAAAAUGCUGAACUACGACAUUUCAUGGAUGGUGAAUUUCAUAAAGUCUAUGAUCGUGCAAUUUCAUUAAAGUCUAUGCUAAAUUUUAUGUUUGAUCCGUCGGGUGAUCUACCAUGGGAAGAAGAUACUACAGCUCAAAGCGUUCUUCAUUUAAAUUCUCCAAAAGAUCUUGAAAAAGCAUUAAAAAAACAGUUUCCAAUGUUAGCUAUGUUCUAUGCACCAUGGUGCGGACAUUGUAAACGAUUGAAACCUACUUAUGCUGAAGUAGCUGGUGAAGUUCGUGGACAACAUAUUUUAGCUGCUAUGAAUGUUGAUAAAGAAGGAUGUUAUCCAGUUCGAAAACAAUUUAAUAUAACUGGAUUUCCAACUCUUAUCUAUUUCGAAAAAGGUGAAGAGAAAUUUCAUUAUUCAGGUGGCCAUUCUAAAGAGGAUCUGUUGAAGUGGCUCAAAGAUCCACAACCACCAGCAGAAAGAAAAGAAGAAGCAGAAGCUACCAGUGAUUUCUUUCCAACGGAUGGUGAAAAUGUGAACUAUGUUGUUCAUUUAAAUGAUACAACAUUCGAUAGUUUUAUCGCUGAAAAUACUCAAUCACCUAUUUUAGUCAUGUUCUAUGCACCAUGGUGUGGACAUUGUAAAAAUUUGAAACCAGAAUUAAUGAAAGCAUCAGUUGAUUUACACGAACAAGGAAGCAAAGCUAUAAUAGCUGCUGUUGAUUCAACUGUUGCACAAGCAACAUCAAAGCUAUUCAAAAUCGAAGGAUUUCCAACAAUGAAGUUUUUUCGUGAUGGAAAGUAUGCAUUUGACAUGCACGCAAGAACAGCAGACAAAAUUAUUGAAUUUUUAAAUGAUCCAAAGGAACCACCACCGCCUGAACCAGAAUGGCCAGAACAAGAAACAGAUGUUCUUCAUUUGACUGAAGAAAAUUUUAAAAGUAUUUUGAAGAAAAAGAAAUCAGCGUUAGUUAUGUUUUAUGCACCAUGGUGUGGAUAUUGUAAAAAAGCAAAACCUUUUUAUACGAAUGCUGCUGCCCAGCAUAAAGAAAAUCCAAAGAUUGCUUAUAGUGCUGUCGAUUGUACCAAAGCUCAAUCAAUAUGUAAAGAUUAUGAAGUACAAGGUUAUCCAACGAUAAAAUAUUUUAGUUUCGGAAAAUUAGUUGCAGAUUAUCCAGGCGCAAGAACAGAAGAAGGUUUUUUUGAAUUUAUGAAUAAUCCAGAAGAAGCAUUGAAUAAACCCCAGGCUGAAACACCUAAAAGUGAUCCGAUCGAAUUUUGGAAAGAUUCAGCACCGGGUUAUGAGCAUGUUCAUAUGCUUCAAUCAAGUACAUUUGAUUCGAUCGUUGGUAAAUCUCGUAAAGCAUUGGUUAUGUUUUAUGCGCCGUGGUGUGGACAUUGUAAAACUUCUAAGCCAGCUUUCGCAACUGUUGCUGCUAAACUUGCCGCUGACCAUAAGGAUAUUGUUCUUGGUGCUGUUGAUGCAACGGCAGAAUCUGCUUUGGCUGCGAAAUUUUCAGUUCAAGGUUUUCCAACCUUUAAAUACUUUGAAAAUGGUCAAUUAUCAUCGGACUAUAGUGGUCAACGAACUGAAAAAGAUUUUUCAGAAUUUUUAAUUGGUCCAACCGACAAAAUCGAAUUAUAA